ACGCCCAGCUGGUACAUGGUGCGCAGUGUGGCCAGACUGCUGUCAAUUGAGUGCCCGCCCUCAACGCCAAUCAAACAAGCUGUCUUAUUCUGGGCAAAACAAAUGUGAAAACAUCUGGAUAUUUCUGGCACAUCCUGUGGAUCACAUCAAUCUGUUCCAGGGUCUGUCUGACUGCAUCGUUAUAUUGCGUGUCACAUGACACAAAUACAGUUAUGGCUCGGCUAGAUGACACUGAAACCUUUCAUAACAUCAAGUUUCCAGGGCACAUGCACACCCAGGACUCUCUGAAUUAUGCUGCCAACUUCAAGUUUCAGGACACGGAUACUGUAAUUGUCACCUACCCAAAAUCAGGAACCACGUGGAUGCAGGAAAUCAUCACACUGGUUUUGAAUAAAGGAGACCCGGCUUUAGCUCGGUCUCAGCCCAACUGGUCGCGUGCCCCGUGGCUUGAGCAGUACUACUGCCCUCAAAUUCUGCAAGCGUCCACAGGACCCCGAAUCAUUACCACACACCUGCCUUACCACGUACUGGCACCGGCCCUACGAGACUCCAAAGCAAAGGUUAUCUAUGUGGCCAGAAAUCCCAAAGACGUGGCUGUGUCCUAUUAUCACUUUCACAAGAUGGCAAACUUUCUGCCAGACCCGGGCACUUUCUCUGAGUUUCUGAGUGACUUUCUGAAGGGUACAGUGCAUUACGGCUCUUGGUUUGAUCACGUGAAGGGCUGGACCGGUCACGCGCAGAAUUUUCAGAAGUUUCUUUACAUCGCAUAUGAGGAAAUGUGGCAGGAUCUACGUGGGUCUCUUGAGAAAGUGAGCCGUUUCCUGCAGUGCUCUUUAACCGAGGAAGAGCUGAAAAGUGCUCAAAAAUACUGUAGCUUCAAUUCCAUGAAGGACAACAUCAUGGUGAACUACACACUUAUACCACGAGAGAUCAUGGACCACAGCAAGGGCAAGUUCAUGAGGAAAGGUAAAAUUGGAGACUGGAAGAACAUGUUCACUGAGGAACAGAGUGACGUCUUUGAUGCUGUGUACUCCGCUCGGAUGGCAGAUUCCUCUCUGCUGAUGGGAAUACUUUGAGAAUACUCCAAAACCAAUGAUCACCAUCAGUGCUCCAGCGUCAAGUGCUCUCAGGGAAAUAGUUCUGCUCAGUUAAAAUAUUUGAUUUCAUAGUGGAAACGCUUUUAAUACUGUAUGCUUAAAUGCCCACUAAGUGGUCUGGUUUUUAUUUUAGUCUAGUGUUUCUAGGUUUUAACAGAAACAUAUUUAUACGUAAUACGCAAUUAUUAUGUUGAUUUUCAGUUUCUGUGUGUGUGAUGCAUACCACAGUUUAUUAGCAUUCUUAUUGUAUUUUUUUAUUAUUUUGAUUUCUAUCCGUGUGCUGUGCAGAUGUAAUGUAAAUAUUUCUAAAUAACUUAUAUGGUAGGGAAUAAUGUUUGAAGGCUGUUUCUCCUCCAUAAGCUGUGAGCUAUUUGCUGAUGUUUAUCACUUGGAAAACAUCAAUGCUAGUGUAAAGCAAAUAUAUGGCAAGAAAUAAAUAAAGUCU